UCAGUAAUGUUGUUGUUAGUGGGCGAGAGAGAAGAGACGGAGACUGUAAAUAUGGAGGAGGUGAAACGGGACCUGCUCGUUAAAUCAGAUGUUUUUCAUAAGAGAUAAAAUCGCAGAGGAGCUCCGGUAAGGACCCGCCGAACCUCUGCGGUUAAACACAGACGGGAGGAAACGACCGAGACGCUUUAAACGCUCCAUGAAGAUUCGCCCCCAUCCACGGAGGGACUCCCAUUUUUUUGUCUGUCAAUCUGUCAGAUAAGGUGUGUCUGUGGUGGUACCAUCAUCUCUUCUCCAACACAUGGCUGACCCAAAGGAUCCACUUUAACACAUACAUACAUCCAGGUGGAAGAGUUGCAGACGUUCAACCUUCAUGAAUUCACCACAAGCGUCAUUAGUGGAAGUGAAUAGCAGCCUCCCAUCAGGCAUGCAGAGCCCAGUCGGACCAGCGAGUGAGCAGAGAGGUGAAGGCGGUGGAUCUCCAGGAGAAAGUCCAGGAAGAGGAGGAGGAGGCCCAGUAGAUCUGAGGACAGAACCUAGAGUGGUUUCUCUUUCUGGCAGUGCGGCAGUGGAUACAGCCCUGAGGGAGCAACAGCUACAGCAGGAACUUGUACUACUCAAACAGCAACAGGAGCUCCAGAAGCAACUGCUGUUUGCAGAAUUCCAGAAAAAACAUGAGGUGUUAACAAGACAACAUGAAGUCCAGCUGCAGGAACACCUGAAGUGGCAGGAGACCAAGCAGCUCAUCCCAUACUGCCCUAUUGUCGGCCAAGUCCUCCAACUCUUCCUGAGGGAUCCCGAGGCAUUUCCAAGCCAGCUGCAACAACAGGAGCUGUUGGCAGCAAAGCGGCAGCAGGAGUUGGAACAGAAAAGGAAACUGGAGCAACAAAGACAUGAAGAGCAGGAGAAACAGCGACUGGAGCAGCAACUGCUGCUGCUGAGGAACAAGGAGAAAGGCAAAGAGAGUGCCAUUGCCAGUACAGAGGUGAAACUAAAGCUACAGGAAUUCCUUCUCAAUAAGAAAGAGCCGGGUACCGGUGGACUCAACCAUUCCUUCUCCCCAAAGUGCUGGGGAGCACAGCACACCUCCUUGGAGCAGAGCUCUCCUCCACAAAGUAACACACCAGGAACACCUCCGUCCUAUAAACUUCCACCACUGCUGGGGAACUACGAAGGCAAGGAUGACUUCCCCCUCCGUAAGACAGUCUCAGAGCCGAAUCUCAAAGUACGUUCGAGGUUGAAGCAGAAGGUGGCAGAGAGGCGGAGCUCUCCCCUCCUCCGCAGGAAGGAUGGAACAGUCAUCAGCACAUUUAAGAAGAGAGCCAUAGAGAUAUCAGUCUCCUCUCUUUGUAAUAGUGCUCCAGGUUCAGGUCCGAGCAGUCCCAACAGUUCCAAUACAGCUAUCGCCAAUGGCAACACAGGAUCAGUCCCCAAUAUACAGACUGAGCUACUGUCUCUUCAUCAAACACUAGGGGCUGAUGGCACAUUGAGCCCCCUGAGUCUCUACACCUCACCCUCCCUGCCGAAUAUCUCCCUGGGCCUCCCUGCCAAUGCGCACAUCACGCCUCCUCAGAAGCUGUCUGCCCAGCAAGAAGCAGAACGUCAAGCCAUUCAAUCACUGCGAGGGGGCGGAGCACUAACAGGCAAAUUUCUCUCUACUUCUUCUCUUCCUGCCGGUGCAGGACAUGAAGUGGAAACUCCGCCACCUACCUCUCAUUCUACCCAUUCCUCAUUAUUACAGCAUGUGCUUUUGCUGGAGCAGGCUCGACAGCAGACUGCUAUCCUUGCUGUUCCUAUGUACAGCCAGUCGCCAUUGGUUACGGGAGAAAGGAGUGUGUCCAGUGGAAUACGAGCUGUCAACAAGCUGCCUCGCCAUCGUCCAUUGGCUCGUACCCAGAGUGCACCUUUGCCCCAAUCACCCCACGCCCUGCAGCAGCUGGUCAUCCAACAGCAACACCAGCACUUCCUCGAGAAACACUACAAGAUGCUUUCAAAGGGGGCGGAGCUUCCCAGACCACCACCAACCCACCCUGAAGAGACGGAAGAGGAGCUAACUGAGACUAAUGACAUGCAGGAAGAUGACAGUGAGGCCGGCCUUCACAGGCUUCAGAAGGAGGGCUCUGAUGACUCCACCCCCUCAUCUGAGCGCCUUUGUAUCCACGUGAAGGGAGAGGAGGAGCGCAUCGGUGUCCACGUGAAAGGAGAGAGCACAGAAAGCGAGCUUGAUGAAGAGGAAGAGGAAGAGGAAGUCAUCCAGCUGAAGGAGGCACAUGAAGAGGAAAGAGGGAACUACACACAGGGUUUGCAGCAAGUCGGUGUGUUCCAGUCCUCAUUGCCACACAGACCUCUCGGGCGUGCACAAUCCUCUCCUGCUGCUGCUGCUAGUCCCAUCAAACAUCUCUUUACUACUGGGCUGGUGUAUGACAGUCUGAUGUUGAAACAUCAGUGUGUAUGUGGGAAUGCCCACAUUCACCCAGAGCAUGCUGGAAGAGUGCAGAGCAUCUGGUCCAGACUACAGGAGACAGGACUGCUGGGUCGCUGCGAAAGGAUUCGUGGGCGUAAAGCAUCACUUGAUGAAAUUCAGACUGUCCAUUCAGAGUUCCACACUCUGCUGUACGGAACCAGUCCACUGAACCGACACAAACUGGACCACAAGAAGCUGCUGGGUCCUGUCAGCCAGAAGAUGUAUGCAGUUCUUCCCUGUGGAGGAAUCGGGGUGGACAGUGAUACUGUGUGGAAUGAGAUGCACUCGUCGGCGGCUGUUCGCAUGGCAGUGGGCUCAGUUAUCGAGUUGGCUUUCAGAGUGGCAGCAGGGGAGUUGAAGAAUGGCUUUGCAAUCGUGCGUCCACCAGGUCACCAUGCCGAGGAAUCCACUGCAAUGGGAUUUUGUUUCUUUAAUUCGGUUGCUGUCACUGCUAAGCUGCUGCAACAGAAACUGGGAGUUGACAAGAUCCUCAUUGUAGAUUGGGACAUUCACCAUGGCAACGGUACUCAGCAAGCCUUUUAUAGUGACCCGAAUGUCCUCUACAUUUCCCUCCAUCGUUACGAUGAUGGAAACUUCUUUCCUGGCAGUGGAGCUCCUGAGGAGGUUGGAUCUGGUGUUGGUGUUGGAUUCAAUGUGAACAUAGCAUGGACCGGCGGUGUGGAGCCCCCUAUGGGAGACAUUGAGUACCUCACUGCCUUCAGGAGUGUGGUGAUGCCCAUCGCUAAGCACUUCAGUCCAGAUGUGGUUCUGGUGUCUGCUGGUUUUGAUGCAGUCGAGGGCCAUCAGUCUCCUCUGGGAGGUUACAAUGUCUCUGCCAAAUGUUUUGGCCAGCUUACUCAGCUGCUGAUGGGUCUGGCGGGGGGGCGAGUCAUUAUGGCGCUGGAGGGAGGUCAUGAUCUGACUGCCAUUUGUGAUGCAUCAGAGGCCUGUGUUUCUGCGCUUUUGGGCGACCCGUGUGACUCUAUGUUUCAGUGGCCCCAGGAGAAACCAUGUCCCAAAGCCUGUUCGUCACUGGAGCGAGUCAUCGAGAUCCAGAGUAAACACUGGCCUUGCCUCCAGAGUUUGUCUUACAUGAUCAGCCCCUCACUCUCUAGCUCCCGGGUGGUUCAGGGCCAGUCAGAAAAGGACGAGGCAGAGACGGUCAGUGCCAUGGCCUCCCUGAGUGUUGACGUUGAGCAGCCAGGAUCUGCUUCAGACACCACAGACACCAGCAGGUCCACAGAGGAGCCAAUGGAAGCGGAACCUGCACUGUAGGCGUUUUACCAGAAGCACAGAAAACCUUCACAUUCACCUCCUUCUGGCACGUCCUGUUCCUCCGCCGUGGAGUGUGUGAAUUGGAGUGUAACACACACGCGCACUCACAGAGGGCGGAACCGUGUGAUGGUGAGCAUUUCGAUUGGCUGAGGACAACCUUAUGGAGUCAGACAUAACAGCGCUAGUAAGAGUAUGGAAACUUUGAUUUUCUACACCAGGGAGGAGCAGAUGCCUUAUUAGCAUCUCCCUGGUAACCACCGGAGGGGGCGGUUUAGAAAGAAUGCACAUCAUCCUCACUUUACCUUUGACUAUUUUCUUAUAUGACCUUCGCAAUGCCGUUGAGCAGAACGGAGUUUUCCCCAUUUUGCCUCUGAAGAUGUGCUUUGUUGUUCAUUCUUCUCCCUGCCAUCGUCGUUCUGCUUCAUCCUUCUGUCCCCACUCCUCUAUUUCCACUGAGGGACGUCAACGCUGAGUUUGUGGGAAUUAAUCUGAAUUUUUAUUUGACUUAAAAUGACCAGAUGCCAAGCACACGACUUGUCUGCUUGUGCGUCUGAUGUUAUUUAAAAAGAGGCGAGCAACACCAGUCGAUCAUCAGCAGACAACAGUUUGAAAUGAGGCGGAAAAAGAAGAGAAGGAACUUGGUGCCUUUUGCCCCGCAGAACGGUUCAAUCAGAAGCCGCAGAAUGCACCACCGUAUCACCUCAGAAAACCAAUCAGCCAAUCAGGACUGAAGAAACACACUUGAUGCACAUGCACACAUAAAACCGAUGUGUCAGUUAAUUUUAAAAUAUUUGUUUCUUUAUCUGGAUGCCUUAAUUUGUUUGAAUCUCACACUAUAUCAACCACGAGAGAGAGCAGAGUUACGGUUUUUACCUACUGUAUAAACUGCAUAUACUGUGUAUAUAGUCAGAUUAAAAUCCAAACUAAGAAUUUAUAUUUGCCCCAGAUAUUCUCCAGUUUCACAACUUUGUUCGUUUGUCUGAGGAAAAAAGCAAAACAAAAAAAACCGACUCUGAAGCCAUUAUGAGAUAUUAAAAUCUCCUUUGAAUUUUAAUAGCAAUAUUUUUAAUGACAUUAUUCAAUCAGUCUUGUGUGAAAUCUGGAGCAUCAGGUUUGAUUUGUCAAUAAUAACUAUGAAAUCAAACUGCAUCAGAUGAAAAUCACCGAUCUGUUCUUACACCUCUCUCUCUCUCGUUCAGCUCACUCACUUUGGUUGAGAGCCAUGUGGUCUGAUCCCCUCCUCUUUUGUAAAAGAAGCUUGCGGGAUUAUGACAUCCUUAUUAUAAAGCACCACGAUGACCACCACCAAUCCUGUUUUUAUUUUAUUAUUUUUUAAUUAUAUAAUUUGUACAUUGUUUUGUUUCACUGUACUGUUUCCUGUCUUGUUGCCCAUGGUUACGCCACAGCAGACUCAGUGUGGUCACUUUUAUAUAUCUGUAUAUACAUAUAUGUAUAAAAACACAAAAAGGUUCUUUUUGUACAAAAGAUAAAAUUAUAUAUGUAAACAGCGUCCAUCCAAUCAAAUUGGAUUUAUGGAUAUAUUUGGGAAUUUCAUGUUUUAAAGGUUUAGCUGUUUAACAGGACAUAAGCACAUGGUCAUCAGACCGUCACGUGUUUUGUUUGUUUGCAGAUGUUAACAAUAGCUGGGUAUUAGUUGUCGGAGGCGAACAGUGAGCAUUGGUUCCUCUGGCAGGACUAGAUAGGCAAUGCUGCCCUCUACAGGUUAAAGACAGAAAGUAUUGAUAAGGGGAUAAGAUCAGAGGUCAAGACUUAGUAAAUACAUCGGUUCAUUGGUCCAGUGAUUUUGUAUUUGUUGUCCAGACAGACUGCAUAGCUCCUCCGUGGUUUCACUGUAACUCACUCAGCUGUUUAACUGUAUUUUGUGUAUGUUCAGCUAACCUAUUAAAAAAA